UCUCAAGAUGGCAUCCUCCUGUGCGCACGUCGUGUGUAAAAGGCAUGGCAUUUUUUUUAAAAGACUGAACAUUUUGCAGGGGAUACCAAUUUCAGUCAGGAAUUUCGGUGACGCACAUUCUGCCAAUAACAUCAAAGAUUUGAUCGGUUAUGAAGGAAAUGUUGGAAAGGAUGUGGAAGCAAAGGCAUGGAUCAGAGGGUUGCGACAGCACAAAGGAGUUACAUUUUUAGAUGUGAAUGAUGGUUCCUGUGCCCAGGAUCUCCAGGUGGUGGUCAAACCGCAAACUGUCCAGAAUGAUAGUGAAUUUACAUUUGGAAGUGGUGUAGAGGUCAAAGGUCAAAUUGUGAAGAGUCAGUCCAAAGGUCAACCAAUAGAACUGCUUGCAUCUUCAAUUCAAGUAACAGGUUCCUGUGAUACAGAGGCAUAUCCCUUCAAGGCGAAAGUAAGGCAUCCCUUGGAGUAUACGAGACAGUACCCUCAUCUGAGGUCAAGGACACCCGUCAACGGUGCCCUCACAAGGGUACGGAGUGCUGCGACGCUUGCCGUUCACAAUUUCUUCCAAGACGAGGGAUUCAUCAAUGUCCAUACUCCGGUGCUGAGCUCGAGUGACUGCGAAGGAGGAGGGAAUCUAUUCCGAGUCCAGCCUUCAGAUGAUGCAAAGGAAGAUAGUGAUGAUUUCUUUGGAACUCCUGUAUACCUUCAAGUGUCUGGACAACUUCAGCUGGAAACAGUAGCAUGUUCUCAUACGAAGGCCUACACGUUUGGUCCAACAUUCCGGGCAGAGAACUCGAGGACAAGACGUCACUUAGCAGAAUUCUAUAUGGUUGAAGGAGAGCUUGCUUUUACUAAAUCAUUACAAGAUAUCACCAAGGUCAUGGAAGACUUUGUGAAAUCAGUUGCAAAUACCGUCUACACAAAGAGCUCAGAGGAUGUCCAAUUUAUUGGGGACAGAAUCAACGAAGGAACAAAACAUGCGGAAGAAGUACAAACUGCAUUGCAGAAACCAUUUACAACACUCUCGUAUACAGAAGCCAUCUCAAUAUUGGACAGACAUAAAGAUCAAUUUGAAUUCACACCAUCAUGGGGCAUUGACCUGCAGUCUGAACACGAGGCCUUCUUGGUUUGUCACUGUGGGAACAUCCCUGUCUUUGUAGUAGACUACCCCAAGGAUAUCAAACCUUUCUAUGCAAGGAUGAAUAGUGAUAACAAAACAGCAGCGGCUGUUGAUCUGUUGGUACCGAGAGUAGGAGAGUUGAUUGGUGGUAGCUUGAGGGAGGAACGUCACAAUGUGCUCCAGCAGAGAAUACAACACCUGGGACUACAGGAUGCGGAUUACCAAUGGUAUCUGGAUUUAAGACGCUUUGGAACAGUUCCCCACGGUGGCUUUGGACUUGGGUUUGAGCGCCUGCUACAGUAUUUGCUCGGUGUGGACCAUAUACGAGAUGUCAUUCCCUUCCCACGAUUCCCUGGCUCCUGCCCUCUCUGAUGGUAGCUCUGCGCAGCUGUCAAACUUCAUUAUGGGGACGUCUUCCGAUUGUGGUGUAGUGGUGCUGAUUUUACCAGACUCCUAAGAAAGGAUGAUGAAUGUCUGCUAGCAACCAGAGAACAGAUGACUUUGCAUCCUUGCAGAGGGACAUGGACAAUGAGGAUCAAGGAAGCCAGGAAAGGGGGGGGGGGUGUUUCACAAAGAUUU